AUUCUUCUAUUGCCAUUCUGACAUGUCGGUAUAAUCAUUUCGCUUAUAGAACGUUGUUAAUUAGAUCCACAGUUGACUAGUUGUAGCAAAAACAAUUAUCGACGACAUAAGAUCAUCGACGACAUAGUUGUUUACCAUGGAUUCCUUCCUGAAUUCUAGCAAUUUGCUGCUUGUUGAUCCACGAUUAGCCGAUUACCCACUAGUUGAGUCCAUAUAUAAGAUGCCAUUGAUAAUAUUCGCGUACAUGUAUUUCGUACUUGUGUGUGGACCUCGAUUCAUGAAGAACAGGCUACCAUACUCAUUGAAGACAUUCAUACAAAUAUACAAUGUUGUGCAGUUUGUGGCGAACCUUUGGUUGGUAUACAGCUUCUGGGAAGCAGGCUAUAUACUAAAAAAUCUCUUUUGCCCCAUAACUUUAGACUAUAGCAGAAGUCCCCUUGCAAUGAAGGGUAUUAAUAUCGCAAUGGGCUUCUUUUGGUUGAAAUUGCUGGAUUACGUCGAAACGGUCAUAUUCGUGUUAAGGAAAAAGAAUAAUCAAGUGUCCGGUUUGCAUGUAUAUCAUCACGUGAGCACCUCGUUAAUUGCAUGGUGCAGCCUAAGAUAUUACUGCGUUGGUCCCACGGUGUUCAUAUGCAUAAUUAACAGUGCCGUACACGUGAUAAUGUACCUCUAUUAUUUUCUAGCAGCGUGUGGACCGGAUAUUCAAAAAAAUAUUACACCUUUAAAACGAUGUAUAACUAUAGUGCAAAUGGGUAUUAAUAUCGCAAUGGGCUUCUUUUGGUUGAAAUUGCUGGAUUACGUCGAAACGGUCAUAUUCGUGUUAAGGAAAAAGAAUAAUCAAGUGUCCGGUUUGCAUGUAUAUCAUCACGUGAGCACCUCGUUAAUUGCAUGGUGCAGCCUAAGAUAUUACUGCGUUGGUCCCACGGUGUUCAUAUUCAUAAUUAACAGUGCCGUACACGUGAUAAUGUACAUCUAUUAUUUUCUAGCAGCGUGUGGACCGGAUAUUCAAAAAAAUAUUACACCUUUAAAACGAUGUAUAACUAUAGUGCAAAUGGUGCAAUUUUUGUUCCUAAUGUUGUACUUGUCGCAGAAUUUUAUCACAUAUUGCAAAGUCGUUUCACACUGGAGUAUCAUACUCUUCUUACAAAACUUACUGUUAAAUUUGUAUCUAUUCUAUAACUUUUAUCAAAAAACAUAUGUAAAACCCCAGAAAAUGCAAUAGAUUGUGAAGAGCCAUA